GAGCGUUAUGUAGUGCUGUGUCGGUGAUGUUUUAUAUUGAAUCUUCAGCUGUGGCGCUCAAACUCUCUCUGAUUCAUAACUGAGAGCAUCUGAACCAACAACAGCAGUGGAGAGCAGCGGGCAUCAGCCUCAUACAAUUAACCAGCACUUCUGGGGUGCCUGGCCCUUCACUGAAGACAUGUCAGCAGAGGACGCAUCCAUGACACACCGUUGAGGAUCAGGGGUUAUGGAGUCUCUCUUCGGGGGCCAGUUGGGCUUGCUGGGGGGUAACGAGGGUCUUAAAGAAGAUGGCUGUGGGGUGGGCUGGUCAAACUCUCCCUUAUCAGAAGACAUGUACUCUGCCUCCCACUUCGCCCUCAUCAGCGCCUACCAGGACAUUAAGACCCGUCUGGCCGGCCUCGAGCGAGAAAAUGCAGACAUCAAAAGAAAACUCAAGAUUUACGAGAUAAAGUUCCCCAUGAUAAGCGAGUUUGGAGAUGACAGGAACUCCUACUGCUCCUUUGAGCCCAAAGACACAGCGCUGCUCCAGUCAGAGAAUGGCAGUCUGCAACAGAGAGUCAACAUCCUGACCCUCGAGCUUCAGAAGAGCAAGGAGCGAGAGGAGCAGCUUGAAGAUGUCAUUCAGGCCUAUGAGAAAAUCCACAUGGAGAAGUCCAGCCUUCAGCGAGACCUCGACAAGAUGACGUCUCUGGUGGAGAAACAUGUUGAGCGGAUCCACAGUUUAGAGGCGGCUCUGAGGCAGAGGGAGAGCUCACUACACAAACUCAACACACAGCUACACAAUAAAGAUAUACAGUAUCUGCAACUACACAGCCCUGACUCGCAUAUGCUAGACUGCCCCAUGACCCUACAGAGCUCCCGAAGUCUGGACACCCUCUCUGACCUCAAACUGCAGCGUCUGGAGGCGGAGCUAGAGGGGGCACGGCACGAGGCUCAGGGGGCGUGUCAGAGGGAGGAGGAGCUAAAAGCUGAAUGUGAGAGGUUACGGGAAGAACUGAGAGAAUUGCAAAGCAACCAGAGACAGAGGGAUGUGAGUUCCACAUGUGGACAGUGUGAUGUGGAGUGGAUAAAGAAAGUUGGAGAUGAACAAGUAAAUCUGGCUUUGGCCUAUACUGAACUAACAGAGGAGUUGGGCAAGCUACAGGCUCUGACCUCGAAACAGACAGAGAUAUUGCGAAAAGCCUCACAGGAGCCGGCAAGCCCAGUUCAGCACCACUCUCCUGUCCCUCACCAGAGGCAUUCUCCUGUUCCGCAGCGCCAUUCCCCAAUCCAACAGCGCCAUUCUCCCAUACAACAGCGCCAUUCGCCUGUUCCCCAGCGGCGCUCGCCAGUGCUGCAGCGUCUCUCUCCAGACAUGCAUCGUCGCUCGCCUCUGCCUGAGCUCAGCGACGGCCCCGCAUCCUAUUCCUGCAGGCCCACUUCCCACCACUUGAGGGCCAGUUUCCAGGGAAGACGCAGUUACUCUGAAGUAGCCGAUCCAUCAGCUUAUCAACGGCCCCCACGGUUCACUCUGGACCCGGUGUCCACUUUGCCGAAACCUCGACCAUAUGUUGACAGCUACCACAAGCAGCAGCAGCAACAGCAACAACAGCAACACGGAGGAAGCCAGCACAUGUUAGUUCAAAGACAGGGCUCUCAGUCCGGGGUUGGAGGUGAUGGGGGUUUGGCUGAAUCUCCACGGCUGUCCAGGGAGCUGUCUUUCCACCACUCGGAUGUGUCCCACUUGCAUUUUGAGCCUCAGCCCAGCCCAGCACCUCUGCAUCCAUCCCCACAGCCUCCACAGUCCUCAGAGGAUGAGGAGGAGUGGUCCUGCCCUCAUCCCAUCAGUCCUCCGCGAACACUGGGGGUGUCAAGCCCCUCAUCAAGCUCCAGAGGCCCCGCCUCUUGUUCCGCUUUCCCCAUUCCUUCCCGUCCCAACACCCUAAGCUGUCACCCACCUGGAUACCUGCACGCAGAGCAUGCCCAGUCUUGGCCAUCCAUCAAUCUGUGGAUGGAGACAGAGGAGGAGGGUGACGUCAGGAGCUGCCCGCUGUGCCAGCUAAUCUUCCCUAUUGGUUACCCUGAUGAUGCCUUGAUCAAGCACAUUGACUCGCACCUGGAGAACAGCAAGAUCUGACACCCACAGCCACGCCAUGCCCAUUACCUUCUGUUGUUCCACAGUUACAUUCAUUCUUUGCUCCUGGUAUUUUUAGCCGGGUGCUUUCAGGCAGAAUGUAGGCGAUGCACCUGUGGCCAGUCUCCCAAUUUGAUAAGUGAAACGGAGAUCUGUGAUUACCUGCAAAACUCAAAUGUGUCAUGAAUGGCUUAUAUCUCUAUAUAUCGCUUCUUUUCAACAAAAAUUUCUUGGAAAAUGGUAACUUUGUAUUUUAAACACUGUUUAUCAACAAUUAUACACACUAAACCAAACUGACUGAGCAUAUUGCAAUAUUAUGGCUCUCAUUUCAGCUACAGUUCAACUACAGUUCCUAUGAUUAUUUGCAUUAUUUACACUUUAAUGUGGUCACAGAAUGUGCUUUGUGGCCAUUUUUGGAGAACUGAGUAGUUAUGAAGGCGCUAUACAGGAUGAGUAUGAGGGAAUAUUAGACAUAAUGGCCAAUGGUUGCAUUAUUUGAAUUUCAGCACUUUACAUAAGCCCUUAAUAUCCAGUUUACCUUUAUCAAUACUACUAACACUGAGGUAAAAAUGUAAUGUUAAUAUUUCUAUAUCCUUAUAGAAAUCAUUUAUUUUUUAAUACUCCAGGGUCUUGAAUACCCUUAAAUAUAUCUUAGUUUGGCAGGACUUCCCUUUAACAAAACUGAAUUCUUUGUAAUUAU